CCAUGUGGCUGAUUGGACCGCCUUCCCAGAGGAGGAAGAGGAUGAUGACCAUGAUGAUGAUGGACGAGCGUCUGCAGUCACCCUCCGCGCGCACCCUCCUUCACCACCCGGGCAACCCGGCCAGGGUGCACAGCAUCGAGGCCAUCCUGGGCUUCAAGGAGGACCUCUUGUUCCAUAAAUCGGCCGCCUGCAGCCUCGCAGACAAAGUUGGGGGCAAGAACUCCGCGGGAGCCGGCCAGAAAAGUCACUUCACAGACAGUUUGGACGGCGCGUGCUGCCGGAGCGGUGCGUGCGCGUGCGCUGGUGUUGAUGGCGGCGACGCGCCGCCGUGUCCCGACUCGCCGGAACGGGAGGGCUGCAAGCUGUCGGACGACGAGAACCCGAAGAAGAAGCACCGCCGCAACCGCACCACGUUCACCACCUUCCAGCUGCACGAACUGGAGAGAGCCUUCGAGAAGUCUCACUACCCGGACGUGUACAGCCGAGAGGAGCUGGCCCUCAAAGUCAACCUGCCAGAGGUCCGAGUACAGGUCUGGUUCCAAAACCGCAGGGCCAAGUGGCGUCGUCAGGAGAAGCUGGAAGUGAACUCCGUCAAGCUCCAGGAGACCGCCGCCGCCUCCUCCUUGCUCUCCUUCGGCCGCCCCCCCGCCUCGGGCUCCCUGGGCACCCUGGGCUCGGGCCUGCAGCUGGACCCCUGGUUGGCCUCCCCCAUCGGGGCCUCCGCCACCCUGCAGUCGCUCCCGGGCUUCAUGGGCGGCGGCGGUAGCGCCUACACUGCCUCGCCUCCCCCGUCCGUGCAGCCCUCCUUCCUCAACGUCCCCGCCCUGGGGCACACCACCCACCUGACCCGGAUGGGCUCCAUGUGCCCCCCGCCGCUGUCGGCCUACCAGUGCUCGUCAGAUCCGAGGAACAGCAGCAUCGCCUCAUUGAGGAUGAAGGCCAAAGAACACAUUCAGUCUAUUGGCAAGACGUGGUGACGGAUAUGGCUCCUGAGUCUGUGGGAAAACCGAUGGGAUUGGCAGGCCGCUGUUGCUAUGGCAACACUCUGACUGACGCAAACUGUGAAAAACUUGUCAUACUUCUCAGAUUUCUGUUCAUUCAGUCUCAUUCUUACCUGUUGCAACAUGGAUUAGCUAUUUAUUUCACACUUCUACAUGAAAAGCCCUUUCCGAUGUUUCUGGACGUAACAUUUGUCUGAUGUGAAUAGUUUCAAGAAAACGUUUGAGUUGUUCGGAUUCUGAAACAAUUUCUCCCAUAGGAAAUAUAGUGGAGCCUUGAGAUACGAGUUGAAUUUGUUCGAUGACCACGCCUGUGAGUCAAAACACUCAAAUGAUAUUUCCCAAUUGAAAUAAAUGGGAUUUGCGAUGAAUCUGUUCCAGCCACUCAAAAAAAAAAAACGUUUGCAAUGUGUUUUCCAAUAAGAUGAAUAGG